AUGGGGUCCACUGCUUCCCGUGACGGGAAGGGGUCAUCGCGACGUCUUUGGAACCGGACUGUCGACGAUGCGACGCCACGUCUCAUUGACGGCACCGCUAUCACUCCGAGUGGUGCAGCAGCUCCAGCUGUAGCAGGUGCAACUGACCAAGCGCGUACUCUUCUGGCUCUGAACUGCAUCCAGUACAGCUCGUUCUUGGGUGAUACCUGCCUUACCGGCUGUGCCGAUGGCUCGAUCCGGCGUCUCAAUUGGCGGCUCAAAGCACGAGUGCCACACACGGGCUUGAACGUGUGGAUCCCUCACUCGGAGGCUGUGACUCAAGUGGUUAUUGGAGCCAAGCUGCAGAUGAUCUACUCGUGUUCACUUGACACGACGGUAGCCAUCACGCCGAUCACGGAUAAACCGGCUUCGGAGACGGCAACAAUACUACGAGGCCAUCGGCUCGGUGUCGCUUCGGUGGCAGUAGAUGACGCUGAGCAAAUGCUGUGCUCUGGAGGACGAGACACGCAGACGAUCUUCUGGGACCUCACGACGAGUCACAUUGCAGCCAAGACCACGACGCUCGAGAACGUCGUCACGUGCUCGACGUGGUUGCCAGGUGAAGCGCUCGUUGCGCAAGGCAGUGAAGAUUCGAGCGUGAAGCUCUGGGAUCCAAGAACGCCGCUAGAAACGCCGGUGCAGACGCUGCGAGGGUUUCAGCAGUUCCCGCAGAGUAUUGCAGCGUCUAACACUGAGCACGAGAGCAACAGCACGUACUUGUUGACGUCUAGCAAGGGCUUGAAUGGCGUCGGCUAUGAGGCACAGGUGUGGGAUCGACGCACUGGUAAGCAGGUGGUCAAGUUUAAAAGCGGUGAUCAAGAUGCAACAGCUUGCUGUUUCUUGCCCAACACAGUAGAUCAGAGCUCAAGCGAAGACGACAGAGAGUCAAGUGGACGACGGCUACCGCUGCCCGUGACGGCCUCCACGGAUGGUACUGUGAAGGUAUGGGACGCAUCGUCUCUAUCUCCAUUGGCGGAAGCAUAUGCAGAAGGAGCCCCAAAGUGCAUGAUCACAAGCUUGUGCACGGUAGACAAGAGCACUCUCUUAGCGAGCACGAUCGGCGGACAGGUCCUCGCAUAUUGUCUUGAUCGGAAACGACGGACACUUGCAUUGCAGCCUCGAUGA